GGGUAUAAAACGAGGUCGAAAAUAAGCUGAAAGCACCUACCACAUGUCUUCAUACGCUAUCACAGGAGCAGCACGGGGCAUCGGAUAUGAGUAUGUCAACCAGCUCAGUGCCAACUCUGCCAACACCGUGUUCGCCCUCGUUCGCAACAAGGCUACCGCGACCAAGCUCGUGGAACUAGGCAGAAGCAAUGUCUACGUCAUUCAAGCGGAUAUCACCGAUAACAAGACCCUGAAGGCAGCAGCAGCAGAGAUAUCCAAGGUCACCGGAGGAUCGCUGGACCAUUUGAUCAACAAUGCUGCUUAUGCCGGCGAAGAGGCCCGAGAUAGGAUCAAAUAUGAUCUAGAUGAAUUCCCUGCUCACAUGGAAGAAGAUCUUACACGAGACCUUUCUCAUAGUUUCAACGUGAACGCUAUCGCCGUCGUACACACCAUCAACAUCUUCCUCCCUCUACUCCGCAAUGGCAACGCUAAGAAAGUCAUUACCAUUAGCACCGGCCUCGCCGAUACAGACUUCAUAGUUAAGUCCGAAACCUACGCAACAUCAUCGUACUCGAUCUCAAAGGCAGCCGUGAACAUGGUGGUCGCAUUUUACGCGGCAAAGUUCAAGUCACAAGGCUUUGUUUUCCUCGCCUUGAGCCCUGGCCUUGUUAACACUGCUCUGAAGCCUCCAACUCAGGAAGAAAUAGCGGAAUUCUCGCUGAUGUUGAAGAAGUUCAGGACUCUCUAUCCUGAUUUCGAAGGCCCCAUUACUCCUGAAACUUCUGUCAGGAUGCAGCUAGAGGUUAUCAACAAGAUCACCGUAGCAGAUACUGGAGCUUUCCUCUCACACAAAGGGAGCAAAGAGUGGUUGUAGGCGUCGUAUACAUGAUUCACGUACAAGUGUACAGAAGCGCUGCCGUAGAAGAUACGAUAACAAUUUAUUCAGUUUCCAAGCUUUUAUCCCGGCAUAGUGUCGAAGAAAUCUAGAUUAUAUUGGUAC